AUGGCCGCGCACGGCAUCCGCGAUUUCGUCGACCACUUCCACCCCGUGUUGAUUGGGGCCGUGAUCUACAUGAUCGAGGCGAAGCUGGACAUGGGGAAGACGCUCACCCUGACCUCCUCCACCACACUCGGGAAGCAGAGUAACGUCAACACCAGGCACCUCGGCGUGAGGGUCGGCAAGCACGAGAAGUACCUGGGAGUCGCAGCUACAGCAUGCAUGCGCAGAAGAGUGGCAGCCAUCAGCAAGCGCGCGCUCAAGUUUGCAGCAAGAAAGGCAUGGGUGGCAGCCGUGCGAAUAGGAGGAGGGGCGGCCCGCAAGCAUGUCAAACACCUCAAGGUGCCCGCGCUCCUUUACGGCUCUUCCUCUGUCGGCAUGGCGGACUCCAAGCUCCACGAGUUGCGGAAGAGCGCGGCGACGGCGACGGAGGGCAACACCAAAGGCAGGUCGACCGCCUUCACACCUUUCAGCGACGGGGUCGACACAGGCCACCUUGUCAACAGCAGCCCCAUCAUCGCCUGGGCGACGGCGUGGCAGGGGGUGCUCGAGGACAUGCAGCUGGCCGAGAGACUCCACAGCGCGUGGCGCACCUGGACGAUGGAGAUUCAAAUUGCAAGACCCCGUGGCUCAUUGUACGGGGGCCAGCUGGCGCUUUCGCAGCGACGGUUAGGCCCUUGGCUGGAUGGCGCAGGCAGCGCGCUCGGUGACGAUCGACGUCAUGACAUUCGACGCGCCAAGUUGCAGGACAUACAGCGCCACGUUGUGACCGCCGCCGAGAAGCAGCUGAAGGACGAGCGGGCAAAGCAGCGCGGCCACCAGCACGGCAUCAGCUCCAUCCUUUUGGGGCACGCCGCGCCAGAGUUCGUAGACUUCUCUGCGGGGGUGCGCGGCUUCAGGGGGCGAGAUAUCGCAGCAGACCCCGCCGUCGAGCUUGGUCUCUGGGACCUGGCAUCGCGCGACGACUGGCUCACCGUCACCGAGGGCACCUGGGGCGGCCUGGCGACGGGGGACAUCCGCUUGGGCGAUUCGCUGCAGUUCGGCGAUUGCGCGCCACUUCGACGGCGGGGCCUGUGUUUCACUGAGCUGAUGGAUGACGCCGACGUGUUCGAGAUGGACUACGCGCGAUGCGGAUGUCUUCCAGGGGCGCAGUGGACCCAGAGCAUCUCGAGGGCGGAGCUCUACGCGCUGCUGCAGGCGCUCAAAGACCGCCCUGGUUCGACGGGAAGACCCGCCCACGCCUGGACUUCUCUCUGGGAGCUCAUCUUCGAGGCCAUCUCCGACCUCAACGGAGUGAACCAGCGCGCGGUGCUGGCGUGCGAAGUGACAGCCCACGCGUCGCGCGCCGAGCGCGAAACGAUCGGGCGCGCGAGGACCUCCGGCGCCCGUCGGCGGCCUGUGCUGGCCACGAGCGCGGAUGAGAAGCUGGCCAUGCAGCCCUGGAGCCCGGGGCCGGUGCUGGUGCAGAGCGGCGUGGCGCGCCGGGUGCAGUCGCAGCUGAAGCACGACCCCCUGCUGCUGAUGUUCGACGCCACUGUGAAGGAGGAGCUUGCGAAGUUCUCCUCGCAGCGCGAGAAGGAGGCCGGCCUGCGCCACUACUCCCCCCCGGGCGCGGUCGGCGAGGCGACAAUGAUGCUGACGCUGCGGCGCCAGAUCAUGAGGGUGAAGCGCGUGGAGAGGCGAGCGGCGGUAGCGGAGCUGCUGUACCUGAUGGUGUGCAGCAGGUUCAAGCUGCUCGACGUGCACUUCCUGCCGUCCAUGCGACCUCACAUAGCGGGCAGCAGGGUGACCUCGAUCCAGGCCAUGGUGGGCCGUCGGCUCUACUCGCUGGAGGCCCUGGAGCUCGUCAGGGACCACCUGCUGAGGAUGCUGGACUCCUCCCGCAUGGCCACGCGCGAGGCGGGGGCGAUGCGGCUCGCCCUGUUCCAGGCGGGCCAGACGUACGCGAUGUCCAUGCUGUUCGGGUACUACCUGCGCCGCAUGGACGCCAGGUAUCAGAUGGACAAGCUGGUCGGCGCCCUCGGGAAGCCCGUCGCCGCCCCCGAGCGGCCGCCCUCGGAGGCGCCCGCCACGAAGCGCCGGCGCCCGGUGCCGGACUGGAUGGACCCCCACUGGACCAAGGGGGAAGUGCGCGUGGAGCAGUCGCUCGCCGACUACAUCAAGGGCUUCGGCGCCGAGGAGCUGCGGACGAUCAGGACGGUGGCCUCCGCGGAGGCGCAGGCCGCCAUGGAGGCCCAGGUGUACGCGCUGUUCGGCAACCUGAAGGAGCUGAAAUUGCAGCUCCUCGGCGUCGUUGGGCGCGUGAGCUCCAACGAGGAGCUCGCGCAGAAGAUCCGAGGAGCCAUCGACUCGGAGCGGGUGGACUCCGUCAGGCUCACCGGGGAGGACUUCCGGAGGCUGGUACUGGAAUCUGUGGCGUUUGGAUCACUGCUGUGCGACAGCGAGAUGGAGGCCAACACGGUGUACGAGCUCACCGCCCCGAAGUCGCCGCCGAGCGGCUCCGCCAACAACGAAGGAGGCUUUGGUGGAGCAUUCGGCCGCUGA